UUUAUUCAUUUACUCGCACUCGCAGAUGGAUUAUUGCCUCCACGAGGGGGGCUGGUUUGUUCUUGCUGACCUGUUUCUGCGUUUUAUGAAUAUAGUGUAUAUACAUAUAGAAAUAGGAAUAUUUUGUGGUUCCGUUGCCAUGGACGCGAAAGGCAGGUACUUUGAGGUCGGUCGAGAACCACGACACGUGGAGCUCGCGCGGUGGCUGGGCGACCGCCACCGUGUCGAGCUCUUCUGUGAAGUGGUUCGAAGGGAAAUAAAGAUCCCUAUUCCGUUCUCGCAUCGCGUCCUCCUGGAGGGUCUCCAGGGCGUGCCACCGAAAAUGCGACAUACCUUAGCGCCUGGUGGCGUACCCUCGGCAUCCCUGCGCGCACUUUUGCUGACCUUCGUUUCAAGUGCUGAGCGAAGUCGCUUCCGGCGCAGUGGUGAUUUGGUAUAGUUUGAUUUUCAGCCACUGCAGUAGUUGCUUCUUGAUUUAUUAUGGCGCGUUAUUUGUGAUUUGUUGUCGCGAGAGCGAAAAUCUGCGUGACUACUUUUUUAUACAAUCUAUCAUACAUUAUUCUUGCAAGUCACGUCGCGUAAGUAAUUUGUAGCGACGAAGGAGGACAAUUAUCGGAAUCUUCUGCACAUGCAAUCUCUGCAGCUCGCCGACGAGUUAGAAGAGAACUUCAUGGUAUUUUUCCGCUUCGCAAUGUUGGAUUCGCCGCAGUCUCUUGCAACACCCAAUCUCGCCUACAUCGCCCUGGUAAAGUGGUUCGAAAUGCGCAGCUCAUUCUUGCACGGUGCGAUCGAAUUCUUCGUCUCGGAGAAAUUUCCGUCCAUUCAGGUGUUUGUGUCUUCGAUGAUGAAAUUGACGCUCAUGGAAUUCGAGCACGCAUUGUUGCAACAAGAUGCCUGGCAACGUCGCAAGUUUCCGAUACUUGCACUAUCUGACGUCAACGCUGGAAAGCUAGCCAAGCAGUUGGAAGUGGCUGUGGUAAUAAUAAAUUCAUUUUCUUCAAAAUCUGCUUUCAGUUUCCUAACCUAAAGAUGUUUACCUUGCUUGCCGUAAUUGCAUCCUUGUUUUUACUUCUAGUGCGGUACAACUCUGUGUUUAGCAUUGAACGAAGAUGACCUUGACCGCUGAGUGGUUGCUUCGGCAAAAUUUAUUGGAAGGAAGUGAAAUUUUGUGCGCAUGAUCUUGAAUGAGAUUGCGAGGUUCCGAACCCAAGCACCUGUAUAUAAUACUCAAACAUACCUGCACAGCUCGUCGGGUCGUCAGUGAAGAAGUAUCGCACGGUCUGCAAGAAAUCAACCAUUAAGAGCACCGACUUGGUACCGGGCAUCUUCCCCCGCGGCGAUCCUACCGAUUCACGGGAUCAUUUCCGUCGAACCAAGAAAGAGAAAAUCAGUAUUUUUCUGAAUCUGCCGAUAGAAAUUUGGCGAUUUGAAAUCAUUCCCUAUUUGUAAAAAUAGUGUCUGGAGGUGGGGGUGGCAAUGACAAUUCGACGGAAAAAGUAAAUUUGACUGGAGUUAUUUUUUGGAAGAGCAGCAAAAGCAAUAGGAACAACUAAAAAAAGGCUACUUCAUGUCUAUCCUCAGAAGAUAUGUUAAUGUUUGUAUGAUUCUACGAAAACCACAAGGAAAAUCCCUCCAGUGAUGAAUUUGAAAUUGAAUUAGAAGCGUAUCCAUCAGCGCAAGUCUUCUCAUUCGAAAGAACGGUACCAACAUCAAGAGGAAAAGUUAAGAGGAUCAUGGCACCCACAUCUCCACUUUAACCGUUGGCAUCGGCAAUGAGCCUAGCCAGCAGAUUGAAAGUGCCUGCGCUAGUUUGUCAGGAAAUGUAUGAUGAGAUUAUGAUGUCAGCAUGCAGUGCGAGGAAAGAAAUGUACACAAAACUAAAAAGAAGAAAAUGAAAUUAAUUUCAAAUCUCAAGUCGGUGCAUUAUUGUAUUAGGUAGACGCUUUUACUUGCUACGAUGUAUCUCGUUCGGCAGUGGACGAGGACUCUGAACUCCUCUGGGAGCCAUACGGUCCAUCCGUAGAGGACACGUACUAAAAAGAUAUGAAAUUAUUUGAUUCAGACCUAUUUGAUAUGGUUCAGUGCAAUUAGGAGACUAUUUGGCUAUUUUUAUAUGCCUGCGUCGUGUCGUGAUCGCCAGGUCACUAGAUAUUUAUAUUUUACCUGUAGUUGAUUGCUUCAGUACAAGGCAAGGACGCACGACGCUGGGUUCCCAACGGAGCUCCGGGACUCAUUACCAUUCAGUGCUGUGGCUGUCACCUUAGGGGCUGGGUAAGAAAGCUCACUGAGGGAUGGAUUGCCGAGUCUGAUGAACUGGGCACCAUUUCUCUGCACACCACUCGGCAAGCCGCUUCUGAACCAGUGCACCUGUAGUUUUUAGCAAAACCUGAGCACCCCUACACUGUCUGUGAAAUCUAGCGGACGGCUUUCGACGAAGUUGAGUUUACGUAUUAUGCAGUUACGGCGGGGGUGCUUGAGUAAGGUAGAGAAAACCAAUUACGAAGACCGAAAAAUAAAAUCCCACCGUAUUUAGACUUGUUGUGCUGAAUACGAUUUUCGUUUCAGAAUAAAUUAAACCUAUUGGAACAAGCAUUCAAUUUAGAAGCAACACUUAGACAAG